CACAAACACAAUGAAAGCUUCACAUAAGAUGAUAAGAGAUUUUUUGACAUAAACCAGUUCUUCACUUUAAGUGUUGUCAAAAAAUCCAAACAAAAAAUGACUUCAAUAAAAUCUUUAUUUUCUUCCAUUGAAAAGCCAUUUUUCUCUCUCGAAGUCACGCCAAAGGAAAAUUUCACCGAUGUCGAUCUUCACGACCUUUGUCCUUUAUUCGUAUCAACGACGUGGAUUAGCGACUUUAAUCUUCGCUACGAAUCGAUAAGCAACUCGCCCGCAAUGCUCAUGGCUAAAAAUUUAAAUGCGAAAAAUGUUCCCGUGUUAACUCAUGUUUCUUGUUUCAAGCUAACUGAAGCUCAUCUCGAUGAAAUUUUGGAAAAUUCUAUCAAUAUUUUUCCUUUAAAAGGAGAUUUUAGUGCUGAAAAGCAAAAUUACGAAUCGCCGCUUGAAUUAAUUCGCGAGAUUCGAGCGAAAAAAGGAGAAAAUGUGACAAUUUUCACUUCUGCUUAUCCAAAAUCGACCGAGGAAACUGAAAAAUCCGACAUGAAUUUCUUGAAAAGCAAAAUUCAGGCAGGAGCGGAUGCGAUAAUCACCCAAGUUGUCUACGAUUUUCAGGUUUUUACGAAAUUUGUGCAGAUUUGUCGCAAAAAUGACAUCCAAGUACCAAUUAUUUGUGGAAUUUUUAUUCCCAACUCGUUCGUUGGACUUCAAAGGAUGCAAGAAUUAACAAGACAAGAAGUGCCUGAAGACUUGAUGAACGAAUAUCGCAAGUUCGAACAUGACGAAAAAGGUUUCAAACGACUUUCAAUACAAAAAACUGUCGAAUUAGUCGAAAAAAUCUUCGAAAACACGAAAAAUGAGGGAAAAAUCGGCGUUCAUUUCUUCACGAUGAACAAUUUCGAGCUCGUACGAGACGUUAUUUCACAAUUAAAAAUUUAAAAAAUAAAAAAUUAUUUUCGGGAU